CUGAUCUUUUUGUCUCAACUAUAUUUGAAUUUGUAGGAUGGCAAGUUACUUUCUUUGGAAGGCAAGCAGGAGCUUGCAAAUGCUGGUGUUAUGUACCUGUGUAAUUUUAUCAAUGGAAAAAAGGUGAAGAUGCCUGAGACACUGCAGGAACAACUUACAAUUGUGGGCAACUCUACACCUACUCUGAUGGGCCUUAAAGAACUUGCGGACUCCUUACCGGAAGUAAACAGCAACAGAUUUAUUACAGAUGGCAUUACUCAAGAUGGUAUUGAUAAAUUGAAGCCGCCUAGACCCCUGUUGAGGUAUUGUUUCUUCAGUUCCAGAAUUCUUUUUGCAAGUUUUAACUCCGCAUCUCCCCAUUCUCUCUUUUCCUUUUAUUAUGAUCACUAUGAAGGAUUUGAGUUGAUAGUGUAGUUGCUUAUUUUUAUAAUUAUUUUCGCCUGGAGAGUUGGUAUUCACCUUUCUAUAGUGGUGACGGGGUGGGGCAGUGGCAGAUCAGGGUAAUAAACCUACGGGUUCCCGAAAAGCAGUAUCUUUUGCCAAGAUCUACUAGAUAUCUAUAAAUAAUUGACUACGUGUCCAAUUAAUAUUGUACAUUAAAUGAGGUCACUUUAGGAAU